AUGCCCUACGCCGCAACCUGCUAUUAUAGUUCUCCAUACUACGACCCUUCAGCUUGUGUGGUCGCCGCCGAGAACUACACAACAAAUCAGGUACGAACCGAUGUAUACGGCGCAGCGACAUCCCUCAACUGGGAAGUUUGCCAUAUUGAAGCAUGCGCACUGAAUGCGGUCAAACCGUCCAAAUCCCUCUCAGCCGACUGCCACCUCGGCCGGUUGUCGUCAUUGUAUGUCGAUGCUUCUGAACCUCAGCAUGUGGUCACCGCUGUCAAGUUUGCCCGAAAGCAUAAUCUCAGAGUCACCGUCAAGAACACUGGACAUGACUACUUUGGCCGCUCGACCAGUCCCAACACCCUUGCGAUCUGGACUCACCGCAUGAACACGAUGACGUAUCAUGCGGACUUUGUUGCGUCGAACUGUCCGGUUUCGAACGGUCAACAUAUCGGGGAGAUAGGGGCUGGUGCUCAAGCGUCGGAUGUCUACACCUAUUUCCAGGAGUUCAACAUGGAUGUGACGGGCGGAAAUGAAGGAUCGGUGGGCCUGGCGGGCGGGUUUGGUCAAGGAGGUGGUCACGGUAUUUUUGGUCCUUUGUACGGUCUAAUGGUGGAUAAUGCGGUCGAGUUCGACGUUGUGACGGCAGAUGGCCAAUUCCGCACCAUCAACCGAUGCAAUGACCUCGAGCUCUUUUGGGCUAUGCGAGGUGGAGGCGGAGGCACCUUCCUCGAGGCCAACUUCACGCUCCAUGGCAAUGAGACGGCCAAUUACCCGGCCCUGGAACAACUUCUUACCCAGCACGCGACGAACCAACCGGUCUGGUCCCACCACAACAUUUCAGGACAUGCGUACUACUGGCCGACUAAAGCCGAGAUUUACCUCGUCUUGCCGUCCAACGACGAAAGAGCCCUGAAAUAUCUCACCAGUGAAUUUGCCUCCUUCGUGACGAACAACCCCAGUAUCCGAGUCAGCAAGAGCACCUACACCACCUACCCCAAAUACACCGAGUUCCUCCAGGUCACCAACAAGAUUGCCGCCAGACUAACCCCAGGCGGCAUCUUCGGAGUCGUCGCAGGUCGGCUAAUGCCAGAAUCCCUAUUCGAAACCCGCCACACCGUGACCGAUCUCGUCCAGGCCGUCCUCGACGGCAUCCGCCUUAGCAAUAAGCUACUUCCCGAGACGUCCGUCUCCCAGGUCAUCAUGACCACCCCGGCGAACCACCAAAACGGGGAUGCGACAAGUGUUAAUCCCGCCUGGCGCUCGGCUCUUUGGCAUGUCCUCAUGACCGGUGGAUGGACGGAGCAGCUCAGCAACUUCACUGAGGCAGAACUUUUGAAAACAUGGCUGGAUACGGUCGAGCCCAUGAAGGAGCUUACCCCCGGUGGAGGCUGCUACCUGAAUGAAGGCCAUUACUUGGAACCAGAGUGGCAGGAGACGUUCUUUGGAUCAAAUUAUCCGGAAUUGCUUCGAAUCAAGAAAAAGUAUGAUCCAUAUCAUUUCUUUGAUUGCUGGAAAUGUGUCGGCUGGCAGGGUCCUUCGGAGUAA